UUUUUGGCAUUUGGCGGGUUGAGGGCGAAGACGUGCAAAAAUGGCGGCUGUGAAUGACAUGGAGAAGAAGCUUGCGGAGUAUAAAUGCGACACCAAUGAAGCGAUAUGUCUAAAAUUGGUGAGGUUCCCGGAGGAUAUAGAUGAUGAAAGCACAACAUUUCACCCGGAGUUCAGUCAUCAGCUGUUUGGAGAUGAUGAAGUGGCGUUUGGCUACAAGGGUCUUCAGAUCCAGCUUUACCAGAGCGCAGGAAACCUCAACACCCUGUUCAAAGUCAAGUACACUGCCAGGGUCACAGACAAGUUUGACUGCGUUGAGCCAGAUGAUGUGGAGGGUAAAAUCCGAGAGAUCAUUCCUGCUGGUUUCUGCUGUAACACAGACGACUUCAUCUCUGUCCUGGAGAAAGAGGCCAACUUUAAACCCUUCGGCAGCCUGCAGCACACCUACAAAGUUCACAAUGUGGAGGCAGGAGAGGAUCUCACCUACCAGAUACACAAGGUGGACAUCUCAUGUCCAGGCUUCAGAGAAUACCACGAGCGCUUACAGACAUUUCUCAUGUGGUUCAUCGAGACGGCCAGUUUCAUCGAUGUGGAUGACGAUCGCUGGGAUUUCUUCCUCGUAUUCGAGAAGUACAAUAAGGACGGAGAGACCCUCUACGCAACGGUUGGCUACAUGACAGUGUAUAAUUACUACGUAUACCCAGACAAAACCAGACCACGUGUCAGCCAGAUGCUGAUCUUACCACCUUUCCAGGGAGAAGGCCACGGGGCUCAGCUGUUAGAGACCGUCCACAGAUACUACUGCACAUCUCCUAAAGUGCAGGACAUCACAGCGGAAGAUCCAUCUGAAAACUAUGUGAAGCUGAGGGACUUUGUGCUGGUGAAGCUCUGCUUGACUCUGCCGUCAUUUGCCAGCGAGAAACUUUCCCAGGGUUUCAGUGAAGAGAUGGCAUCUGAGGCCAGAGAGAAACUCAAGAUCAACAAGAAACAUGCACGACGUGUUUAUGAGAUUCUGCGUCUCCGAAAUACAGACAUGAACGAUGAGAAGAAAGCCCGAGAGUUUCGCUUGGAGGUGAAAAAGCGGCUCUUCGGACCCUACAGAAAGAACCAGCGUGAGCUGACGAAGAUGCGUAAAUGUUUGAGACCCGAGGAGCUGGCGUCCCACAUCAGCCAGAUGGACACAACGCUGCAGCACGAGGAACUGGAGAAAAGCUACCAGGACGUGGUGGCUGAAUAUCGCAGAGUCCUGGAGCGACUGGCUCAAGUGUGAGGACAGGAGACUGGAAAGACUGGCUGACACCCACACACAGAUCUUUGGCAUUGUACCCAGUGUUAAUAAGGAUUUAAACGUGAUCCAUCCACAUUUGUGAUAGACAGACAGACAGAUAAUGGGCAGUUGUUCAGAAUAAGAGAUGAGUGCAUUGGUCUACUGUGGAGAUGAUUUUGUUAACGCUUUUUUCCAUCAAAUGAUUUUCCUUGAAAUGUAAAAAAAAAUGUAGAUUUCGAAGCACUUCCUUAAGAGAACAAAUAAAAUGUUUUGUAUAUUGCUCAAAUAAAUGGUUUGCCAUCUCUUUGA